CUUUUAAGUACACUGGCAACAUUGCAUUUCAAUGUAGUUCUCAUAAAAGUGGUUACAAAUCUUCAUUAUCAGUGGUGUUCUAAAGUUUAAGUGUCGUGUCGAGCCGAAAAGUUUUACUUAAUGUUAGUUUUUUUUCCAACAGCAUCAAUUCUAAUAUUCCAAAAUGCGUCGAUUAUGGUUCGUUACGAUUCUCUGUUAUCAGAUACCAUCGUAUCACGCUUUCUUUUGGUCAACGAAAGGCCAUCCAUGGAUCGAAAAGUACCACUACCCAGGAUACUACACCACACCAAAGUCCGUUUACGUAAAUGGCACAAAUACAGAAAUCCCUGGCACGAAAUUUACUCCAGAUUAUCGAGUUGAAGAAAAAAUGCACGUUGUAUAUAGUUCGUUUAAGAAAGAACAAGAGAAGCCUUACAGAAUCACCCCAAUAUAUAAAAUGCUAGGUGUUCCUUAUUAUAAAAGAGAUGUGGAACAGGGGACCAAUUUGGGUUGUUACUGUUGUGCAACAUAUAGAAGACAUAUAACUCUCGCUGGUUGCGCCGUGCUCACCACACGCCAUGUAUUAACCACUGCAAAUCCCACUGUACUCAUAUUAAGGUCUUAUGGACACAUGGAAAACUUAGAAGGCAUUCUCGGGGGCUGGUACGAGUAUAGUGCUAAUACUUAUAACUCGUCUUUGUACUUCUCAGUUUCAAGAAUACACAUUCAUCCUAUGUAUAAAUAUGACUACGAAGUUAAUGUAAGCCAUCCAAUACCGGUGAUGUACGACCUUUCACUUUGGGCAGCAACGUAUCGUUUUUAUGGAAACUGGUACACAUAUUCGACAGCAUAUAUCUGCCCUCGAGCCGGUUCAGGCUGGUAUGAGUAUUCAUCGACGAUUCCUCGAACAUUUGAUCUGUCUGUCGUGGUUGGACACCAAUUCAUGAAGUCAUAUAAGCGCCGUCCUCUUCCGUGGCACAAAUAUGCCGUGAGAACUAAAAAAUAUGUGUGGCCUUGUCCUAAGAGUGACUGGCAUUGGUAUCACUGUAUAAUGGGAGAAUACUGGGGCAGAUUCGGCAUGGAUUCUGGUGGUGCUAUGCAUAUGAUGAUGGAAGGCAAAUCCAAUAGACACGACGGAUUGGCUGGCAUGUGUUCGUUUUCUCUGAAGCUCAGAGCAUUUCAAACGACUCAUUAUUUUACUGUAGUGGACACAUAUCCUGUGUUAGAUUUCUUGUAUGAUGCAUAUUUGGGCUUGAAACCAUAUGCGUGGCUGGACUAUAGAUUCCAAAAUACGAGAUGGGGAGCCCCAAUACCAUAUUGGGGUGAAUAUGUUUACAGUGGAUACAGUUUUGGUUGGGAUUAUUAUUAUUAUAUGAGCCCGCUACCUAAUUAUCGUCGUUAAACAAUAAUCAUUAAAACUAAUUUUACACACACACUAAAA